GGGCGCUGGGGUUCCCGGUCGCUCGUGGCGGUGCCCGCAACACCCCGCCAGGAGCCGGCACCCCGCGGCCUCGUUCCCCUCCGCCCGUCCCCUCCUCGCGUCCCCUCCCUAAGGAGGGAGCACCUUCCCCCCGAAUGCCUCCAGGGUCAUGUGGUACGUCAGCACCAGGGGGAUGGCCCCCCGCGUCGACUUUGAGGGUGCCCUCUUCUCUGGCUAUGCACCCGAUGGGGGCCUCUUCAUGCCUGAGGAGCUCCCACAGCUGAGCAGGGAGACCCUACGUCAGUGGAGUGCGCUCUCCUACCCAAGCCUGGUCGUGGAGCUGUGUGCCCUUUUCAUUGGCCCAGAGCUCAUCCCAAGAGAUGACUUAAAUGAUCUGAUCCACCGAGCCUUCCGCAGAUUCCGCCACAGAGAAGUGGUCCGUCUUUCCAGGCUGCGGGACGGGCUGAAUGUGCUGGAGCUGUGGCACGGAGCCACAUAUGCGUUUAAGGACCUGUCCCUGAGCUGCACGGCCCAGUUCUUGCAGUACUUCCUGCAGAAGAGGGGGAAGCACGUCACUGUGGUUGUAGGAACUUCUGGAGACACAGGGAGUGCUGCCAUUGAGAGUGUUCGAGGGGCAAAGAACGUGGGCAUUAUUGUUCUCCUGCCCCAGGGGCACUGCACGAAGAUCCAGGAGCUGCAGAUGACCACGGUGCUGGAGGAGAACGUCCGUGUGUUUGGAGUGGAGGGAAACAGCGAUGAGCUUGAUGAACCCAUCAAGGCCGUGUUUGCUGAUGUGGCUUUUGUCAAGAAGCACAAUCUGAUGAGUCUGAAUUCAAUCAACUGGUCCCGGGUCCUCGUGCAAAUGGCUCACCACUUCUUUGCUUACUUCCAGUGUGUGCCAUCCUUAGAUUUGCACCCGCUCCCUGAUGUGGAAGUGGUUGUGCCGACAGGAGCUGCUGGUAACCUUGCAGCUGGGUGCAUUGCUCAGAAGAUGGGCCUGCCCAUCCACCUGGUCGCAGCGGUGAACUGCAAUGAUAUCAUCCAUAGGACUGUCCAGCGAGGAGACUUCUCUCUGUCUGAGACUGUCAAGCCAACCUUAGCAUCAGCUAUGGACAUCCAGGUGCCCUACAACAUGGAGAGGAUUUUCUGGCUGCUAUCUGGCUCUGACAGCCAGAUGACAAGAGGCCUCAUGGAGCAGUUUGAAAGGACCCAAAGUGUGAGUCUGCCUGAGGAACUGCAAAGCAAGCUUUCAGCGGCAGUGACAUCUGAGUCAGUGUCAGACGAGGCCAUCACGCAGACCAUGGCCCGCUGCUGGGAAGAGAACCAGUCCUUGCUGUGCCCUCACACGGCCGUGGCCGUGAGCUACCAUUACCAGCAGAUGCUCAGGCAGACCCCCAGCCCUCCCCGGUGUUGUCUGGCCCCUGCCUCUGCAGCCAAGUUUCCAGAAGCUAUCGUGGCUGCUGGAUUGAGCCCAGAAACUCCCACGGAGAUCCUAGCCCUGGAGGGAAAGGAGACGCGCUGCACCCCAAUGCGGAGGAGUGACGACUGGACGGUGAUGCUCCGGGACACAAUUGAGAACAUGGGCCGGCGGUGGAGGGCCACGUCCUGAGUGCUCCCAAAUAGCCCGGCUGCAGCUGGCUUCCUUUAGGCUUCAGACCCCAGGGUGGGGGGCGGGGUGCCCUCAGAGCUACCUUGAGCACCUUCUCUCUGUUAAGAGUUGAUGUGGGAGGUUCUCAGGAGGCUGUACAGUGGGGUCUGGAGCCAGCUGGCUUUGCUCAUUCCCACAGCUGCUCUGUGCUCUCGCCAUGGUGGUGUGGUGCCUAGUCAGCGAGGCUGCAUAGGGCUGUGCAUGGCUCCUGGAGGUGCACCCCCACCGCUGGACAGCGCAGGGCCUGCAAAUGAAGAUCCUGGGCACAGAGCUGACCUAAGUCUGUGCAGGCAGGGCUGCACACUCCAGUAGCACAGGCCUGGGGCUCCGCUGUCUGCACCUGUUUAUCCAGAGGUAUUGGCUGGCCUUCCCACCCUGCUGAAGUGUCGGAAUCCUGAGAAUACAAGUGCAUGUCCAGUGUGAUGGUCACUGUGCUGGCCUGCGGCCGAGGACAGUGGCUGCCAGGGGUGGUAGUGAUGCGUGGUAUGUGCUACAUCCUUCAGCUGCUUUCCAUUGGCCCAGCAUAGAGGGGCAGCAGAGCAGUCAGUGGGCAGGUGGCACAGGUGGGGGGCAAGGUUGAGAUGUGGGAUCACCAGGUGGAAGCCGUGUGGGAAAGUGCUCCUCAGGGUGCAGACUGAGAACCGGUACAAGUACCGGUUCACCUGCUUUAUUAACCCAGGGCAGGUGUCAGAGCAGCAAGAAGCAGGGAUCCCUCACUGAGCACUAAGUGAGUCCAAACGCCUGCAUUUCCAUGGUGCCAUGGUCACAGCGCCCCAGAGAAGUCAGAUCCUCCUCUGAGCACAUGACUGCUCUCCCCUCCACAUGCCUCUGACGCUGCACUGGCCUCCAGGAGCCCGUCCUCGGGUGAGGCCACAGACCCUCCUCAGGCUGCUGGAGGCUCCGUCCUGUGUCCUGUCCAUCGUCAGCCCAGCUGAAAAUGAUGACUCCUGUACCUGAAAGUGAGGACUUUGCUGACAAAUAGUGUUCUUCCAUGUGCAGAGUGCUCCCUCUCACAAAGGCGUGCUUGAUUCCUCUGCUGUUUUACCAUCUAGCCUGCGUUGUCCAGUUCAGUAACCACUAGCCACAUGUGGCUGUUGAGUACUUGAAAUGGGAAUAAGUAUAACUAAGGAAUUGAAUUUUAAAUUUUAUUUAAUGUUUAAUUAAUUUGCAUUUAAAUUUCAAAACUAUUACUUGAAUCGGUUAUUGGAAAACUUUGCAGUGUGGUUGGGAAAUGCUGGUAUGUGAAUCUGCUUUUCAGCUGUAAAUUUUAUGAAGUACAUAAAGUACAGAUGAUAUUUCCAAUGAAAUUAGUUGGAACACUACAUUAGAACUGAGAUAUGCCACAUUGUAAAAUACAUAUAGAACUUCAAAAACUUCGAAUGAAAAAUAUCGAAAAUUUUUCAUUAAUAAUUUUAUAUUGAUUACAUGUAGAGGAUAAUAUUUUGAUGUUUUGGAUUAAAUAAAACAUUAAAUCAGUUUCA